UAUAGUGUUUGGGAUUUUUUUGGCUCCUGUAUUAGGGUACCAAUAUAAUUUUGAAAAUAUUUGACCGAUUAACCCGCAAACAGUGAGUACUAUGUUAAUUAUUAAUUUUUAAUUUAUAUACUUUGCACAUAUGUAUAAAUGACGUCUACCUUUUUUUUUUUUACCUUUAAUUUGCUAUCUUGCAUUUUAGUCACUUGUUAAAAUAGUGCAUCAAUAUAUUAUGUUUAUUAAAUAAUAUAUUAAUAAAAACACAAAGCGCAGUACUGAAUUAUUUUUCCUAUUUUCCAAUUGUGCAGCAAUCAACAUAGAAACCACUGAAUUAUUUUUGUUACUUGCUGCUUAGUGCUUCAUAGAAUGCAUGACUGAAAACAUAUGUUAACCAAUAUUCAAUCAUCCAAAAUGGUUGAUUUCAUAUAAUUUAUUUUUUUAUUUUAGAUUUACUUAUAUAAAAAUGAAUAGGAAAAAAUAAUUUACCUACUGAUACAGGACUAUUCACUAAGCAAUGGUAUGUUAAGAGCUGAGGAUGGACUUCCAAUAUUUAGACUAAAGUAUCUGAGCUGAACGAAAAUCAUCUUCAACUAUAUUCACAGCUCAGUAAUUUGUCUUAAAGUGUCCAAAAUUGGCCCUUUAGUUAAAUUAUACUAAGAUAAGAAUAAAAUGAGGAUAUAGCUCUUACAUGAAUAACUGAAAUGUUUCUCACUUAGAACAAAAGUAUCAUGUUCUCAAUGUGGUUUAUGUAUCGUACUGAAUAAGAACUGUCUAAAUUGUUAAUAUACGUUUUAAUUAUAUCAAAAUGUAUAUAUUUUUAAUGUAAAAACAAGCAUGUACUAGAUCUGGGAAUGUUACACUCAAAAGCUCAGAAGCUAAAUAGCGCAGCUCAUUAUUUAAUGUCACGUUAUGUUUAUGUAUUACUAGACAGAACAGGUACCUUGAAACUGACAGUUUUAUAGUUUCAAGCACGGCUAAUGAUCCCUAAUGAUUGUUAUGUUGCUUGAAUCAUCAAGAGUCUCAAACAUGUUACAUACUAUGUAUUUUAAUAUUAGAAUUGCACGUUAACAAAAUGCAUUUCAGUUUUAUCUCUGGAAAUACAUUGUAUGUAAAAUAAGGUGAAUAGAAAAGGGAAAAAUAAAAAGGUUCAUAUUUUAUACUUGAUAGUUGAAUUACAAUUUUUCCUUGCAGAUAUUUUCAAAUUUACUGAAAUAAAAUAAUUUUAAAAACAUAUAUCUAAAUUAAAAAAAAAUACCUAGCAUAGUGAUGAAUGAAAGCAAUUAAUCUAGGAGAUGUAUGUUGAUGAAGACUCUGAAUAUAACGGUUGAGCUGCAACACAUAUUGUGUUAGGUUACCUGUCAGCUUUGUGCCUCUUUCCCAAGCCUCACUGAUCCCAAAAAAUAUAAUUUACAUCAAAAGCAUUUUCUGAUAGCAAGUCUAGCAUAGCAGUGAUAACCAGGAUGUGAAUUCUGCAGACCCAAUACACUCAACUCCUAGUGAUGAAGGAACGUUCAUAGCCUUUUUCUAUCUAAACCAAUGCGCCAAGAUGAUCAGUGUUGUGUUGUGGUUCUUUCUUGAGGGUAAUGACAAUGAUUAAGAGAUCAGUUAUACAUGACUAACCUAUAUUAUUCCUAUGUACAAAUGUUUGAUCUUAUCUCUGCAAGUAAGACGUUAGACUAAUCCUGGCACAUUGCAUACUGUAGUAAAAGUCAGGUAGGUUUUAUAAAAAUACCAAUUUGCUACGCAGCUCUAGUAAAGAAGCAUUUAUUAAGAUAGUUUAGGCAUCUAAUCAAAUACUGAAGCUUUGAAAGGCAGUUAUGUUGGCUAAUCAAGUCAGCAAUUUAAAAGCAUCUGUAUAGUGUAAAAGCUAGAUGCCACAAUUGCCACAUUUUUAGUAAUUACAUAAAAAAAAAUACAACUAGUGAAAGUCUUAGGAAUACUACUAAGCUAGGCGGUAGUACAUAGUUUGUAAAGAGCAGCUGGUAACCAAUAAGGUAGAUCAGCCGAAUGUGUGUCCGGGGCAACCUGAAUUAGGGGGUAUGUAUUAAUAGAGAUGAAAGAGAAAAAGGAAGACCAGAGGAAAAAGGAAAAAGGAGGGAGAAAAGACACACCCUCCUUACCUUGACCUACAAGGUCAACCCAAACCCCUACCUAGAAUAGAUGCUAAAACUUAACCUUUAAUAGAGAAAAAUAAAAAGUCAUACAUACAAAAUAUAUACAGAAAGUAAAAAAUAAAAUGAAAAGAGAGGGAGCAAAUAGAAAAAUAGGGUGUAUGGAAUCCACUAGAAUCACCUAAUGGUAAUAAUCAAAUUUGCUGAAACAGCAGUGUGACGUACCCUCUCCUAGGCUAAUAAGUAAGGGGGCUAAAGUAAGAAGUGGGGUAUAAAUAGGGAGAAUAAUAUAUAAUGGCGUAAACCCCCUAUAAAAACCUCCAGUACAAACAUAAGUCGGACUGUAAAUCUCUGCCACAAGAAAGACAGAGAUCCUUGUCUGAAGUGACACAAAAUAUCAAUGAUAGAAAGCACUAAUAUUUGCUACAAGGAGUUCACAAGUGGAUACAAAGUGAUGACUCACAUCCACUAGCAGAAAGGGAAAGAAGUAAACGUUGUCCCUUUCUUAGGAGUAUAGAGACAUAAUCGGAUGUCCCAAAAUAAGCAGAGCUGGCUAAUAAACUCUGGAGCUCCUAAUAAGUGACGUGUCACAAUUUAGUUCCAACUGCAUGCAUGAUGAAGGUAGUAUAUACACAGUGCAGCCACCACCCACCACUUCACAAACAACCCCCAAAAAGAAAUUCCUGGCUAAAUAGCUGCUGGAAAGCAAUAUAGCUAAGUGUUCCCUAUAGGCAGAUAGAGAGAGGGAACACUUAGCUAUCUUGCUUUCCAGCAACUAGCUAUUUAUAUACUACCUUCAUCAUGCAUGCAGUUUGAACUAAAUUGUGACACGUCAUUUAUUAGGAGCUCCAGAGUUUAGAGAGAGAGAGUCUCUCUUUCCAUUUUAUUUUUUACUUUCUGUAUAUAUUUUGUAUGUAUGACUUUUUUAUUUUUCUCUAUUAAAGGUUAGGUUUUAGCAUCUAUUCUAGGUAGGGGUUUCCUAUUGGGUUGACCUUGUGGGUCAAGGUAAGGAGGGUAUGUCUUUUCUCCCUCCUUUUUCCCUUUUCCUCUGGUCUUUUUCUCUUUCAUCUCUGGUAGUACAUAUUUGCCUAAUCACUAUCCACAGCAUGCUCAGGAGCAGAAGCGAUAGAAACAUUGUGAUUCCUCCAUUAACCAAAUUUGGAAAGAUGGGAGGUAAAAAGAACCACUGGGAGGGCUCCAUAUGGUAGGGAAGCGCCAGUGUGUCUGACAUGAAGUGCCUAAAGCCCCAUAUUAAUUUAUUAAUUUAUGUGUUGUCUGACACAAUUUGUUCCCCUUUUGCAACUUUUCACACAUAAUAAUGGGACAUAUGCUAUUUAAAAAAGGGUUUAAAAGCACAACCUGGAAGCAACAGACCUGUGAGCUUUAAAUGAAGGGCUAUUAAGGGAUAAUAUUCAAUAAUACAUUUUGAUCAACAAUACGAUUAGUAGGAACCAACAUGGUUUUAUGAAAGACAGGUCAUGCCAAACUAACUUAAAGGAACACUGUAGGAUAAGGAACACAAACAUGUAUCCUGGACCCAACAAGUGUAAAAACCACCAUGUAGCCCCCUUGCCCUAAAUAUAGUAAAUUCUUACUUUUGUUCCAGUCUGCAGCUGCUGGCCCCUGAUCUGACAUAAUCAGAAGUGUUGUUCUGAGUCAAUCACAAUGCUUUCCCAUGGGAUUGGCUGAGAAUGUCAAAGAGACAUAUCAGGGGCAGAUCUAACAUAAGUCAAACACAGCCCUGGCCAAACAACAUGAGGAAAGUUCAGUGUCUGCAUGCAGAGGGUUGAGACACUGAAUGGCAGCACUGCACACUGUCUGGAGGACUGGUUUGGGAAACACUGGAUUAGCUUGUUCCAGUGGAUGUGAUCUGCAUGUAUUUUGCUAAGUCAUUUGAUACAGUUCUACGCAAAAUGUUACUGUUAAAGCUGAAAUCAAUUGGCUUAGAUGACAAGUAUUAUUAUUGGAUAAAACACUGGCUUGAAGAUAGCGUACAGAGAAUAUUUGUAUUUACAAAUUAAAACUGAUGUCCAAUUUGAAAAUGUUCCAUUUGGAAGAUUUCAAAUUAGACAAAUGUUUUGAGUAGGGUGCCUCAGGGUUCUGUCCUGGUUCUAUUUCUCUUUAAUCUAUUUAUAAUUGAUCUUGAAGUGUGCAUUGAAAGUUGUGUGUUAGUGUUUGCAGAUGACACAAAAUUAGGUAAGAUCUGAACAUGAUAUAAUUUCUCUAUAGAAGGUUUUGGAUAUAUUAUAGUGAUAUAUAUAGAUGGCUUUGUCUUUAGGCAGCACUGUUGCACCUUAUCAAAGUUGCAUUAUUGUAAUAUUCAAGUGUCAGAUGAGAUUCAAUACAGUUAAAUAAAAAGUAAUGCAUUUUGGUAUAAGGAAGCCACAAGCCUCAUACACACUAAAUGGGGUUGAGUUAUGGAUAACCGUAAAUGACAAGGAUUUGGGAACAAUUACAGAGAACAAACUAGGCAACAGUAUGCAAUGUCCAUCUGCCACUGCAAAUGCUAAUAUAUGCAAUGGCAGACCGGCAUUGUAUAUUGUGUUGUCUUGUGUAAAAAGGGAUAUUGAUUCUGGUGAUCAAAUUAUAAUUUUGCCUCAUUACAAAUUAAUGAAAAGACUAUGCCUUGAAUUUGUGGUGCAAUUUUGAGCACCAGUUUUUAGAAGAAUAAUUGCAAAACUAGAAAAAGUGCAAAUACAAGUAGGGCUUCCCCAACUUUUAUGGGCAGAGACCCACUUUUUCAAAAAGCUAUUUUUUCUGUAUGGGUUAUUGACCCACUUGCUUUCAAUGCAUAUUUUAAAAAUGAACACCAUGGCAAUCAGCUUUAAAGGCAUACAAUUGGCACACCAUAGCACGUUUUAAAUGCAUACAAUCGGCACACCAUCGCAAUCAGUUUUAGAGACAUAAAAUUUACACACCAUGGCAAUCUGUUUUAGAGACAUACAAUUACCACACCAUGGCAAUCAGUUUUAGAGGCAUAAAAUUGUCACACAAUGGCAGUUUUAAAUGCAUACAUUUGGCACACCAUGGCAAUCAGUUUUAGAGGCACACUACUGGCACCCCAUGGCAAUCAGCUUUAGAUGCAUACACUUGGCACAUCAUGGCAACUUUAUGUGCAUAACACUGGCACACAUUGGCAAUCAUUUAUAGAGGCUUACAAUUAGCACACCAUGGCAAUAAGUUUUAGAGGCAUAAACUGGGCACAUCAUGGCAAUAAGCUUUAGAGGCAUAAAAUUGGCACAUCAUGGCAAUCAGCUUUAGAGGCAUAAAAUUGGCACACCAUGGCAAACAGUCAGAUGCAUAAAAUUGGCACACCGUGGCAAACCGUCUUAGAUGCAUAAAGUUGGCACGUCAUGGCAGUUUUAGAGGAAUUCAAUUGGCACACCAUGGCAAUCAGUUUUAGAGGCAUAAACUUGGCACUCCAUGGCAAUCAGCUUUGCAUGCAUACAAUUGGUACACGAUGGCAAUCAGCUUUAGAUGCAUACAAUUGGCACACAAUGGCAAUCAGCUUUAGAGGCAUAUAAUUGGCACACCAGGGCAAUCAGCUUUAGAUCCAUAAAAUUGGCAUAUCAUGGCAGUUUUAUAGGUAUAAUUUGGCACACAAUGGCAAUCAGCUUUAGAGGCAUACAAUUGGCACACCAGGGCAAUCAGCUUUAGGUGCAUAUGAUUGGCACACCAGGGCAAUCAGUUUUAGAUCCAUAAAAUUGGCAUAUCAUGGCAGUUUUAGAGACAUAAUUUGGCACAUCAUGGCAGUUUUAGAGGCAUAAUUUUGGCAUAUAAUGGCAGUUUUAGAGGCAGAAACUUGGCAACUGCUUACUCACAGACUCAGUCAGAAUCAGUGCUGUGUCCUGCUCUUUCAUACAGGCACCUCCCAGUGGUGGAACCAGGGCCGGUGCAAGCAUUUUUGCUGCCCUAGGCAAAAACUAAUUUGGUGCAUCAUUUGCUCCACCCAAUCAUGCAGACUAACACACAUGCUAACUCAAGUAGACACACACUGACCCAUGCAAACUGACACACAUGCACUAACCCAUGUAGAUGCACACUGAUCAAUACACACACACUGAUCCAUGCAGACACACACAUACAGACACAGUGACCCAUGCAAACACACACACAUAGAGACACACUGACCCAUGCAGACACACACACUGACCCAUGCAAACUGACAGACAUGCACUAACCCAUGUAGACGGAUGCAUACUGACCCAUAUACACACACUGAUCCAUGCAGACACACACAUACAGAUACACUGAACAAUGCAGACACACAUACAUAGAGACACACUGACCCAUGCAAACUGACACACACGCACUAAUCCAUUGAUGCACACUGACCCAUAUGCACACACUGAUCCAUGCAGACACAAACAGAGACACGCUGACCCAUGCAGACACACGCACUGACCUAUGCAGACACAAUGACCCAUACAGACACACGCACUGACCCAUACAGCCACAAUAACCCACACAGACAGACAUUACACCCAUGACAUACACACACUAGCCCAUACAGAUACACUGACCCAUACAGACACGCAUAUUGACCCAAAAAGACACACACAAUGACCCAUAAAGACACACACAAUGACCAAUACAGACAGACAUUGCACACUGGCCCAUACACACACCCUGGCCCAUACAGACACACACUGACCCAUACAGAAACACGCACUGACCCAUACAGACAAACAUUACACACAUUGCAGACACUCACUGACCCAUGCAGACACUCACUGACCUAUGCAGACACUCACUGACCCAUGCAGACACACACUGACCUAUACAGACACACACACUGACCUAUACAGACACAAACAAUGAGCCAUACAGACAGACAUUACACACAUGACAUACAUGCACACUGUCUCAUACAGACACACUGAUUCAUAGAGACACACUUACUCAUACAGACACACACUAACCCAUACAGACAGACACUGACCCAUACGAACACACAAUGACCCAUACGAACACACAAUGACCCAUACAGACACACACACUGACCCAUACAGACACACACACUGACCCAUACAGACAUUACACACAUGACAUACACACACUGACCCAUACAGACUAAUAUACACAAACAUACUGACUAACAAACAUUCUCUGACACGCCUUACCUUCAUUGCUGUUAGUUGCCUGCGCCUGGCUGCCCAUCACAUCCUUUCUCAGCACAUUUCAUGUUAUGCUCCUGCCCACUUCUCUCCAUGUACAGGGGAAGGGGCGGUAGCGAUGAAUUGAAAUGCCCUUUGCGCUGCGGCCAACGCCCCACAAUGGAUGUCUAGGAGGGGGUCCUGGCUGAGCAGGCUGAUGUGUAUGCCGUCAGACCUGUAUUCUACCGAGCGUUAGUGAGCAACAAUGUAAGUGCUUCUGAGUGCUCGGUAACUUGGCCGGCGGCAUGCUCAAAAUAAUCUAACUUGAUGGAGGGGCGGCCGCUGCACAAGCUAUCAUGAAGCCCUAAGCGGCUGCCUAAUUUGCCUAUAGGGAGCGCCGACCCUCGGUGGAACAAAUGUGAAUAGGACCAUGGUGCAAGUACAUUUUCUGGGCACCCCUCUAGUGCAAGUGUGGCCAAAAGGUAGGUCCCCAUCUGUCGGAGAACUUCAACAAUGAAGUGCCAGCUGUGGAUCUGCCAUUUGCCCAUGAUUGCAGGGUUAUAUUUGUGAGCAGUGUUUGAGAGUUUUAAUGUAAGCAUGUUUUUGUAUUAAAUAUAUGUGUGCAUGUAUGAGUGUAUUUGUAUGUACUGUUGCCUUUGGAAUGUAGUGGUGUACUUGUUUGUAAUGUUUGCAUCUGAACAGUGUGAGGAUGGGGCAUGGAGAGAAGGGGUGGCCAAAAGGUAGGUCCCCAUCUGUCGGAGAACUUCAACAAUGCUAUGCCAGCGGGGGAUCUGCCAUUUGCCCAUGAUUGCAGGGUUAUAUUUGUGAGCAGUGUUUGAGAGUUUUAAUGUAAGCAUGGAGAGAAGGGGUUACAGUGUGGGGAUGGGGGCAGGGAGAGAAUGGGCUACAGUGUGGGGGGAGAGAAGGGGCUACAGUGUGGGGGCAGGGAGAGAAGGGUUAACAGUGUGGGGAGGGGGUAGGGAGAGAAGGGGAUACAGUGUGGGGGGGCAGGGAGUGAAGGGGUUAUAGUGGGGGAGGUGGCAGGGUAUGGAGGACUUUGUUCUACCUUCAUUUUUAAGAUAAUAAAGUCCCUGGUUAUCCAGUGUCUCUCCCUGGUUAUCCGGGGGAUUACCCCUCUGGUCUGCAGCUUCGCCGGAUGCAGAGCCGCAGACCAUGUAAUAGAAGUCUCGCGAGCACCCAGAGUGUUGCCAUGGUAACACUCUGGAUGCUUGCGAGAUCUCUAUCUCACGGUGGAGCUGCAGACCGGAGUUGAUGGGCAGACUGAUUGGAGGGGCCCGGCAGCAUACAGGGCAAGCCCUGGCCCCCUGAGUGCCCGACUAAUCAGUCUGUCUCACGGUCUCUAGAGUCCCCGGCGGCCCUGCAGGCGUGGGUUGCGACCCACACUUUGGGAAACCCUGAGCUACAACAUUAAUAAGGGGGAUGGAGAAGAUUAGCUAUGAAGAAAGGCUAGACAAACUACAUAAUGCAUCUCAGAGGUAGCAUGGUAGCACUAUACAAUUAUAUACAGUGUCAGUACAAACAGCUAGGUGCUAACCUUGGAAGAAUUUACAAUAGACAAAAAGGUGAUGCAUUCAAAUUGGAAGAAAGGCAUUUUUGCUACAGCAGAGCAAAGGGCUCUGUAGAGGAAGAACAAUAAAGAUGUGAAACUUUUUUUAUCUCAUUAAGUUAUGCAGAUAAUCAAAAUAAAAAGGCAUUUUAAGGCCUAGCUAUAUAUAUAUUUGUGGUCAGGGCAUAAGCCGUAAUAUAACUUAUAUAAUUAGGAAAAACCCUGAAAGGAAAUGUCAGUUGUGGUGUGCCGGAACUGACGAGGAAGUAGGCCUGAAAUAAAAGAGGGCCUACCUUAUAAAAUGCUUAUGAAAGCGGUGUGGUGGGUGGGACAAUCCGUCGCACCUAACAGGUAGUGAGGGAAGGGUCUGGAGUCCCUUAAGAAGGGUAACCCAGCCCUUCCCACAACUUCAGGCCACGCCUUCCAUUUGUGGUCAGGGCAUAAGCCGUAAUAUAACUUAUAUAAUUAGGAAAAACCCUGAAAGGAAAUGUCAGUUGUGGUGUGCCGGAACUGACGAGGAAGUAGGCCUGAAAUAAAAGAGGGCAAAAAGAGAAAACCAUUUAUUCGUCCUACAACCGGACAUAACAGAUUACAUAUUCAUAGUUUUGAAAGCCAGGCGUACUUCUUGUAUGGGCUGAGGUAUGUAUCUGGUGUAUGCCGUAGAUUUCCAUCGUCCUAAUAUCUGAAUAAUGUGAGCAGGGAUAUUCUUUUUAGAAGCGGUGGUGGCGGCUCCUAUUCUAAAAGAGUGACCAGAGUAGCUGGCUGGGUUCAGUCCUAACCGGGCUAACAAUCUCCUAAUAUACAUCAUGAAUUGGCUCGUAGUGAGCUUAUUACCGUGCAAGGACAGGAGUGGUUGUGGGGGUGCCAUAUUGUCAAAGGCAAGAAGGGUGUCGAAAACCUUCACCGGGCACCAAGUAUUACUUGUGGGGUAAUAGGGUAUAGUGACCGUUUGCCCGGGGGCGCUCGUUUUGGUAUGGUGCAGUAACAGAAGAUAGUGAUCUUGGACCUUUAUGAGAUCGGACCUUGUGAGGAAAAUGGGUGAAUUAUAGCUAGUAGUAGUGAAUUCUCUGGGCUGUAAAAACCCGUAAAAUGCUAAAUAGAUGGCGGCUUUAAUUACACGAUUAGUAUGAGCUUCAAAGGGUGAGGUGUCUAGUAGUUUUGACAGUGACUGAAACAAUACAUCGUGUAUGGGUAGUCUAGUUGGUGAGGCUAUAGGGGCGGAGUCUUUGAUGCCUUUAAGUAUAGCCUUAACUUGGUAGGACGACAGAAAGCGUUGUUUGUUAGGCCAAGUGGUGAGGAUGUGAUGCUGAAUGCCUGUGAUAUACAAUUUGAUGGUAUUGUAAGAUAAUGUUAGAUGAAAGUGGCAAAAAGAAAUAAAAGCAAUAAUGGUUUCCAUAGAAAACUGGUCAGUGACAUUAAAGUCCAACAAGAAUUUAUUGAAAACAUGGAAAGCCCUUUCAUAUGCCUUCCUGGUAUUAUCGGAGAGACCGAGCUGUGAGAGUUGUCGCCCUUGACAUAGCAGAACUUUUAGUCCCAGACCAUUUCCUGCCAUUUUGGAACUGGAGUUGGUAUCAGGGCAGCUGUUGGCAGGGCCUCCCGAAACUCCUGAAACCGAGGCCGUGACAAAUGAUCAGCUGCAAUGUUGAGGACCCCAGGCACAUGAACACAAGUGAGAAGAAAACUGUGUUUUGCAGCGAGCCAUGUGAGAUUCCUCAUGAAACGCAUGAUGGUGAGGGAAGAGGAACGCCCCUUGUUUACAAUAUGGCAUGUUGCCAUAUUGUCCGAGAAGCAACGAACCGUAUUCCCGGACCAACUUGCACCCCACUUAACUGCUGCCGCUAAGAUAGGAUAGAGCUCAAACAAGGCUGAUGUGUCCUUAAACCGGGGGAUUUCUGUAAUUUCCCUAGGCCAUGCUCCCCACAUCCAUUCAUUGCCCCAUAUUGCUGCAAAACCUGAUGUGGCUGCGGCAUCCGUCCAGACUGACUCCGACUUCUCUGACCAAACCGGUAUAAACAUGCUUUUCCCGUUCCAAUUUUGCAAAAACUCUUUCCACAUAUGUAGGUCAGCGGUGGCCUGUACGUCUAAAGUAAUGCGGGAGGUGUCAGAUUGCAACAUUGGAAACAGGCUAAGUAACCUUGAAAUGAAUGCUCUACCUUGUGGAAUGAUUCUCAUAGCGAAAUUUAGAGAACCCAACAAGGAUUGCAACUCCUUCCUAUUGCAUGAGCCUCCUCCUAAGUAAAGGUCGAUAGCUGCCAGGAUGCGCUCAAUCUUGUCUCUGGGUAGGCUAGCUUGCAUGUGUACAGAGUCCAGUACCACCCCCAAAAAGUGGAUGAUAGUAUCUGGACCCUCAGUCUUGGUAGGUGAAAUAGGCACUCCUAGUUGUGUAAACAGUUGUGUGAUAGACUGGAGGCUACUGGGAGGUACUAGGUUACUUUCUAUGGUCAGGAAAUCGUCCAGGUAAUGGAUAACUGUGGGACAUUUACAGAUGUUAAGCAGCAUCCAGCACAAUGUCUCCGCGAAGAUAUCGAAAAUCCUGGGGCUGCUUUUUGAGCCAAACGUGAGACGCGUGAAGAAGUAAUAUGAACUUCGCCACUUAACACCAUGUAAAUGCCAUAGGGAUGGGUGGAUAGGGAGCAGCUUAAAAGCGUUGGCAAUAUCAGUUUUACUCAGCCAUGCCCCUACCCCUGCUGAGAGUAUGGCUGUGACUGCAUGAUCGAUGGUGGCAUACUGGAGGGAAAACUCCUCAGACGGGAUUAGUGAAUUUAGACUUGGGGUAUGAGAUGCAUGGGGGGCGGACAGAUUGAGAAUUAAUCUUUGUUUAUUGGAGGAUUUAUUGGUGACCAGUCCUAUGGGGUUUGUCCUCCAAACUGCAAAAGGCGGGGGGUUGAAAGGGCCUAAUAAGAAACCUUGGUCAAUUUCCUUCUGUAGGAGUAAGUCAAUAGUGUUGGGUGCUGCCAAGGCUGUCUGCAAAUUAUUACAUUCUAGGAUCCCCGUGGGCAUGUGAAUAAUACCCGUGUGAAACCCCAUCUUAAACCCUGUCACCAAAAAAUCAACGAGAUGUUGGGAAGGGUGAUCCCGCAAAAGUAGUUUCAGUAGGGAGACAUGAAGAGACGAUAAGUACUGCUUAGGGUAUAGUUUAUCUGGGCACAUUACCUUGGAGUGAGCUCUGAAACAUAGUGAGCAAACAUGGAGAAGUCUGCAGGCACUGUAACCGCAGGAACCUGAGUUGAAAUUGUUACAGACCUGCGAUUUACCCAAAAACACUAUGUCACGGCCUAGUUUAUCUUUAAGCACCUUGCCAGGUCUCCCUGUGGGUACUACAUUAGGAGGUGGAAAAACAGCGUUUACCUCUGGAGAAUUAGGGCACAGAUUAGCCGUGUGAGAAUUGGACGAGCAAAUGGCACAAGCUGGGGUUUUUAGGCCCGCGAAGUGCCGGCAAAAAAGCUCUGUAUCCAGGACGCCCCAAUCCGUUUGGUAAUUGAACUGUGAAAGGGCUGCCGACGACUUCGUGGAAAAGGCACGGUGGUAGUCGUAAAAAGACGUACCACCGUACUUAUGCCCCAAAUCCACCAGCUUGUGGAGAUACAGGUCCAAUUCCUCCCUCCUAUCCGGGUAUACCGAGCAUAUUACAUCUCUGUAUAUACCGAAAGCUAGUACAAAUUCUGGAAUUGAUAGCUUCUGAUUCAACCUGUGGUCUCUGGACUUCAGUACCACUGACACAUCACCGUAUGCGUAGGUCUUAUUCUCUAGGACAUCUUGAGGCUAUCAAAAGUGAUACCAAAUUGAUAUCUUUCCCCUCCUAGAUGUCCUUCUUUGUUUUAGCAGGCACCAUGUGUGCGGGGUUAAUAAUAUGUGGGUCUUUUAACCUAUUUUGUAAAUUACCCGGUAGGGGGUCCAAAUGGACCGAAGCGGCCGGAUCCACUGCAGCAGCCAGUGACUUUUGCUGGCUAUCUGCAUCCAUUUUGUCUAGCUUGUCAGUAAUACGACCCAAAGAGGUCAGGACUGAGGACAGAAUCGUAUUUAGAUCUGAAGAUUGGGUGCCACUGGACCCUUCACCCGCCCCCGCGUUAUCAGUCUGUGUGUUCAGCAAUCUGUACAGUUCUGCUUUCCUAGCUGUAGCAGGGAAAGGAAUAUUUCUCUUGCUUAAUUCGGCCGUGAUCCUGGGAACAGUCCAUGCCCUGAGUGAGGCAGGGCUUGCGAAGUCGUCACCCCGAGACGGAUUGACUGAUCUAGCUGGUGUACUGGGUAAGGACUCAACUUCCCUUCCUUCCGGAGCUUGAGACAUGCUACAACAUAAAAUAACAUGUUACCUGGGGUGCUAUCCAACUGGCUUAUGAUAACUAAUGCCAAGCGGCGAAGAAUUAUUAAGUAACGUGACAGGUGAGGCCCUGCUAGAAGCCAAGCGGCCUUGACAGGCACUAUCUAUGAUUUGGCGCGUGUGGGAUACGUGGCCAUUGGCAUUAUGGCAGGGUGGUGGCCUCUCUGUGACUUGUAAAGGCAUAAGACAGAAUGGGAGUGACAAGUGAGGCCCUCUCUAUGCAACUAAGCGAGGCGGCUAGCUAUGAAAUGAGCCCGAGGGAAUGCCGUACCUCCGAAAUGAGGAUGGGUGUUGGCCUCGCGGGACCACUAACGAAGGCAUAAGAGGCCAGAAAAACGUAGCUAGUGGGUCCUAUUUAUUGUAAGCCAGUAAAUCUGUACUAAGCCGAAAGGGAAGGUAUGGGGAAAAUAGACGAAAAAGAUAUGACGUACCUGAUGAGCGGGUUGACAGCUAUAAUGAGGAAAAGGAGGUACAGACGAUCUGUAGUCACCAGCAAUAUUGCCCUAGCAGAGGGCUGGGCACCAAUUAACAAAGAGCAAGGAUGCCUAUACGAUUUGCCGCGUGAAAAAUUUGCCCGCCGACUGCCCGACCUAGCGUGCUCCUGCCCGUGGUAUCCGGAUGUAGUGCUGGAUGCCUCGGAGAAACUGCCCGACCUAACGCGCGCGAGUGAGCCCGCCGGAAACUUCUGUCCGAAACCGGAAUUGACGAAGACUUCCGUGACAAUCCGUCGCACCUAACAGGUAGUGAGGGAAGGGUCUGGAGUCCCUUAAGAAGGGUAACCCAGCCCUUCCCACAACUUCAGGCCACGCCUUCCAUAUAUAUAUUUUUUGAAAAACAAAAUGAUUCAAGGUUAUGGUUAGCUUGUGUGUGGGUUGUUGUUUCAAUGACAAAUCUGACCAUUUGAUUUCAAUUAUGGAGUCAAGAGUCAUUUCCUCCAUUUUUGUGACAUCACUUUUACGUGUUUUUUUUUUUGCCUUUGGAUCAGCAGAUUAAAAAGAUUGUUUUAUAAGUUGAAUUCAAAGGACUUUUUCAACCAAAUUUACUAUGUAACUAUGAAUGGAUCAUUAUUCAUGGUCUAAAAUUUUUCUAAAUUUAAAAAAAAAUAUUGUAAAUAUAAUGUAAUACAUUUCUUUAGAUUUGUCAAAUGGUCACCUUCAGCCAAUGAAACAGAUAUCUGUUGUGAUUAGUGAAUUACCUUUUUAUGACUUAAGUGAGUGUAUUUAGAAAAUUGGGCAGACUAGAUGGGCCGAAUGGUUCUUAUCUGCCGUCACAUUCUAUGUUUCUAUGUUUCUAUGUGAGACUCACACUUUAAGUUCCAAUGUAAUAUUGUUCAUGCAAUAACUUAUUUUGUAAAGAGAAACAAUUUUAAUAAAAUGCUCUUUUAAAAAUAAAAUAUUAGGGUCUAAAUAAACUAGAUUCGAUGAGGUAAAAGCAAAAUUACAGUAUCUUACAAUAACAGUUGGGGGUAUCUCACUAAAAUGUAAAGUUAUAAGAAUUCAAAGUAAAUGUAAAAGUAUAUGGCAAAACUUUUUUCGGUUUGACCAUAUUGAUAUAACAUUUUAAAUUAAGUUUGAAUUUCUAACAAUAACCUCUAUUAAUAAAUAACCCUAUGUGAAUCUCUAGUUCAGCACUAUAUUCCUGACUUCUAAUGUAGGUUUAUUUUUGAAAGAUGAUUACAAACACGGCUGUUUAGGAAAUUCCUUCCGAGCCCUUGAAUCAAUGAUAAACCUGAUAAUAUCACUAAAAUGUGAGAUCCUCAAUGCCCUCCACCAGUUUAAAUAAUUUCCAAUGCUGUUCAAAUAGGGAUGCUGGCCAAACCUGGACCAUUGGUGUGCUUUGAAGAAUAUGUUGCAGCUCCUACAAAAUGGUAAUGUUUUCAGUUGCAUGGUUAAAAAGAAAAGGGCAUGGCACCCAGAUCACUUAAUGAAGUAGUCUGGGUGUCUAUACAGGGUUCAAAUCUGUUGGGUCACUUUAAGGUUUGGUGUGAUUGACUAAACACAUUUCUACAAUCAUCACAAAAGUAAUUGUAUAUGACAUUUGCAUGCACAGAUGGCCGAUUUAGAUAUAGAUAGUUUGCAACAUAUCUGCAUAGAGCACAAUCAAUCAUUCAAAAUAUAAUAAGCAUGCUCUUUCAUGUCAAUCACUUUUUAAAAAUGGUUUCCUAACUUUUGUCUUUUUCUUGCCUUGGCAGAUUGUUUUUUGAACCAGUACCAUUAAAACAAAAAUCACAAUGCAGUGUUCACAAUUGAAAAAUAUCCUUAUUCUAUCAUUUGGAAUUUUACUGCUAUACACAGCUUAUAUGGGACUUCAAACUCUGCAGGUUAGUGGUUUCUGAGACAUUUUUCUAAAGAGGUUUUUUUUUUUUUAAGUCACAAUAUCACUUAAAAUUGUAAAAUGUGGGGACAUUCUUCAAAUUUGAUAUGAACUUGUGAUUCAGGUAUUUAAGUGCAGUCCAGGGUUACAUUAUGAGGCUAUACAUCAUUACAGAUGUUUAAAAUUGUCACAAUUAGUUGGUAUAAUAACAGAAAUAAGAAAUGUCAACGUUUUAUAAAGUGUACAUAAAUUUAUGUAACUAUGUAAUUAGAAUGUAUAAAACAUCCAAGUGCUUAAAAAAUAUUAUUUAAAGGCAUAUUUGGUUAUAAUUGGAAAAUGCAGACAAAUGCAACAUGGCCACAGUUACAUCAUAAGAAUUAGUUUAAAUAUAAAAUAAAUCUAAAAAAAAAAUAUUGCAGGGAUUACCUCAGGUUCUUAUUUGGAAUUGUUGGAAAUUGGAGUGGUAAGAAAUCAUACAAUUCUAAAAUAGUUUGAUUCCUUACAAAGAGGGUGGGGGGAGCACUUCUAGUAUAUUAACCACUACAGCUCACCAUGGUGAUCAUGGUGCUUUGAGUAUUCCUUUAUUUGACUUUUAGCCUUCUGCCUGUUGACUGGACUUAUUUAUUUGUUUAAUUUAAGAAUAUGUGCUAGAUUCUAGUAGAUAAGAUAAGCUUAUGUAAUUGAGUAGCAAUUUUCCAUUUGACAUUAGGUACAUGCUGUUCAAUCUCAAGAGAUAAGCAGAGGUAGAAACAUAGAAACAUAGAAUGUGACAGCAGCAGAUAAGAACUAUUCAGCCCAUCUAGUCUGCCCAAUUUUCUAAAUACUUUCAUUAGUCCCUGGCGUUAUCUUAUAGCUAGUAUAGCCUUAUGCCUAUCCCACCCAUGCUUAAACUACUUUACUGUGUUAACCUCUACCACUUCAGCUGGAAGGCUAUUUCAUGCAUCCUCUACCCUCUCAGUAAAGUAAUACUACCUGAUAUUAUUUUGAAACCUUUGCCCCUCUAAUUUAAGACUGUGUCCUCUUGUUGUGGUAUUCUUUUAAAUAUAGUCUCAUCCUUUACUGUGUUGAUUCCAUUUAUGCAUUGAUUCCAUUUAUGCAUUUAAAUAUUUUUAUCAUAUCCCUCCCCCCGUCUCAUCUUUCCUCCAAGUUUCUUUAACCUUUCCUUGUAGGUUUUAUCCUGCAAUCCAUGAACCAGUUUAGUAGCCCUUCUCUGAACUCUCUCAAAAGUAUUAAUAUCCUUCUGGAGAUACGGUCUUCAGUACUAUGAACAAUACCCCAAGUGAGGUCUCACCAGUGUUUUGUACAAUGACAUGAGCACUUCCCUCUUUCAACUGCUAAUACCUAUCUCUAUACAACCAAGCAUUCUGCUAGCAUUUCCUGCUGCUCUAUUACAUUGUCUGCCUACCUUUAAGUCAUCUGAAAUAAUUACCCCUAAAUCCCUUUCCUGAGAUGUUGAUGUUAGGACUAUCACAAAUUCUGUACUCUUCCCUUGGGUUUUUACAUCCAAGAUGCAUUAUCUUGCACUUAUCUACAUUAAAUGUCAGUUGCCACAACUCUGACCAUUUUUCUAGUUUACCUAAAUAAUUUGCCAUUUGGAUUAUCCCUCCUGGAACAUCAACCCUGUUACAUAUCUUAGUAUCAUCAGUAAAAAAGACAUACCUUACCAUCAAGACCUUCGGCAAUAUCACUAAUAAAAAUAUUAAAGAGAAUGGGUCAGAGUACAGAUCCCUGAAGUACCCCACUAGUGACAAUAUCAUGCUUCAAAUAUACUCCAUUGACUACAACCCUCUGUUGCCUGUCACACAGCCACUGCCUUACCUAUUCAAAAAUAUUGGAAUCCAAAUUUAAAGAUUGCAGUUUAUCGAUAAGCCUUCUAUGUGCAACAGUGUCAAAAGCCUUACUGAAAUCUAGGUAAGCAAUGUCUACUGCACCACCCUGAUCUAUUAUUUUAGUUACCCAAUCAAAAAAAUCAAUAAGAUUAGUUUGACAUGAUCUUGAAAUCCAUGUGAUUUUAGAUGUUCAACAAUCCUAUCGUUUAACAUGGUUUCCAUCACUUUCUCCACUACUGAAGUAAGGCUUACUGGCCUAUAGUUGCCCGACUCCUCCCUACUUCUUGUGAAUGGGCACAACAUUCACUAAUUUCCAGUCUUACUACUCCUGCUAACAAUGAUUGGUUAAAUAAAUCUGUUAAUGGUUUUGGUUAAUGGUUUUACUAGUACACCACUAAGAUCUUUUAAUAACUUUGGGUCUUCAAAUAAAAUAGAGCUAGAUUAUGUUAUACGAGAUAAGCAUAUAUCUGAUAAUUCAUACAUUUUAAUAGGAAAACUGUUAUUCAUUUAACAGAGUUAAAAAAAAGUAACAUCAGAUAGUAAUGACAUUUUGUAAUAAAGUAUGUGUUACUUUAUCAACUGUGCAAAUUAAAUAUUUGCUGUAUGUGCAUUCUUCUCACAAUAACAUUAAGGCAGAUACUUGUUCAUUGUCUUUAAGAAAAUCUUUCCAUUUUAGAUGCAGUUUUAUUCAUAAUGGAUCAUAUUUUCAUGGUUAUACAAGUCCUUAGUUAGGGUUAGUGGUUUAUAGCAGCUGUAAAAUUAUAAGCCAGCGCAGGGUUAUGGAAAGAGUGUCUCUUACCAACAAGUGCCGAAUGGAUGAGUAAUUUUUGGGAAUAGAGUAAUUUUAAGGCUUUUGCAUGUAUUUAAUUAAUUUAAUUUCAGUUAAAAAGUUCAUUGUCGGUAUCAUUAUAUUUAAUAAUAAGGCAUGACAUAAUCCUGUGUUACGCAGGAAAUAAAUAAUAUAAUUGGGUGGGUUAAAUACUAAUACCUAGCAAUUUGGAAAGUGUGAUAUUUAAAAAAAGAAGUCAGGUGUGUUAGCCUCUGCCUUUGAGCUGUUCCUGGUUAUCCUUAGUCUUUAAUAAUUUUCAAGAAAACUGUGCUAUAUAAUGAUAAUAACUUAUUUAUAUUUAUUAACUUUUUAGUAAUUUUUGCACAUGUGAAUUUGAAGUAUAUUUAGUUAGACAUAUUUACAUAUGUUGACAAUGUACUCAACACAUGCGUGUCUUUUUAAGACAUGAUGAACCCUUCCCAUCUUAUAAAACAUGUCAACUAAACUAAGUACUGGUUGUAUAGAGGAGAUUGCACGUAAAGCCUAAUGCUAAGUGUGCUUAAAAGUAUAUUAAAUUAAUACUUCAAUAAACUUAACAGUCAGGGAAGUGUGAAGUCAUAUUGUAAAAAUAAACUUAACCCUUUCUAUUUUGAAACUAUCCUAAUUUGACCCAGAGGGUGACUGUUCAUUGAUGGGUCACUGGGCCAAAAACAUAUUCUAUGAUCAACAUGAGUUGAUCAUACAAUAUAUAUAUUUUUAACCUAUUCCAAUUUUGCUCCCUUUGUGUUAUGACUGUAAUUGCCCCAUUUUGCACCUUCUUUUCCAUCAAGGCAAAAUGAGUUAACACUGGUCAUAAAAUAUGGUUAGGUCACCUGGGUAAACCAAGUUUACGUUAAUAUCAUUGGAUAUGGCAAUAUGAAAAGUUCUGUACAGUUCACAUUUUUAUGAUUUGGGACAGAAUAUGCAAGGGCAAAUUUCAUAUUUGCCAUGUAUACAGAAGACAAGAUCUGAGUUUUUUUAAGGGUGCCAGUGAAGUACAAACAUUUUACAAGCAAUUUAAAUUUCAGCUUUUUUUCAUAUAAGGCUGAUCAAUCUCAACAACCAUGCGUCAAACACCAGGUGUUCUCUAUAACUGUUUUGUACACUGGCAUCCAAUUGUGAAUUACCAUUAUUAAUUAGAAUUAUAAGGUUAUUAAUUUAAUAAUUUAAUAAUAGACUUUCACUUCUUUUAUUUUGUAAAUGUUAUUAAAAACCUGUAAUAUUAACCUUGAUCCAUUUUUUUAAAUUCUUUGUUAUAAUGUAACUAAUAAAACAUUCAUGCAUUUUAAAGGUUGUGACUUUGUUAAAAUGCAGCAUUUUUGCAUUCUCAAAUCUUUAUAGUUAUUACAUAGAACAAAAAAAUAACGUUUUGCUGAACUAUAAUCCUGCCUCCUUAGCUACACCCUCUAAUUCUAGAAUAAGACUCUUUUUAUCAAAAUUAUGUGCACAGCUCAGCCACUAACAGCACUGUUUGAUCUGACCUACAAAACAACCUGCGUGAUGAGAGGCUACCCAGACAUACAUAUAGAAAGGAUAUUGUGCAUUGAGUACCUCCGCAAAUCUCGCUUCCUAUUUAUCACAAAGCUACCAUAAGCACUUCACUGGGACACCAUAAGCACUUCCAGUCCUUAGCCGCCGCAUCUUGGCUGGGGUCUCGCCGCCCUGGACCAACUACCUGGAUCCAGCUCCCAGAGGAAGAGCGCUCCUCCAGAGAGUAUAGCUGUAUAGCAAGUGAUUAUAGCAAAUAUAGCAUUUCCCCCACACCUUACCCGAGACUUAAUGCUGGGAGAAGACUGUCUUUAUUCAAGGCAACACACUGCCUUUUAUGCAAAAGUCCCAUGCAAGGGGUUUCCAACCUGACAUUACGGUCAUCCCUCCAUGAUUCUGUUCCCUCUCAGGUAUAAAAAAAAUCCUUUUAUUUUGUCACACAUGGUUUGUUAGGCAAAGACCCCUACAUGGGGUCUACAACACAAUACAACCGGAAAAGGAAGGGGGAGGGGGAGAGGCAUGGACAAACAAUACAUUGUUAAAUAGUCCUGACCUGAACCCCCUAAGUGUCAGGAUUACAGAAUGAUCCAGCACGUAGAAUUGUGUAACACAGAGGACUGACAGGUAGCAUAUACCAGACCUUAGCAUGGCCGGACUAACAUACCAAAGAGUAGUCAGGAAUAGCCGAGGUCAAGGGAAACAGAAAGAGACACAACGAUAAGGAAAAGCCAGGAGUCAGGGAUGCCAGAAAACAGGGAAGUCAAAAACAAUGCCAAAGUCAAAUAACCAUAAUUACCAGAAUCAAUAACGCGCUCUCGGACAACCACAAGGGAAACCACGACAGGGCCCUGAGCAGGAUGAGAACUGGGCCUAAAUACCCCUCCUCUAGAUCUGAUAGGCUGUAACAGGCCUUUGACCCCAAAGGCAGUUACCAGGUUCCCAUUUGCAUAAUUGCUGCUCAGCAUUAAUCCUUCUGUGGAUUUGGUUGCUGCUCGGCACAACUUUUCCUGUGUGGACAGUAAAUGUCAUUAACCACAUUUUUAUAAGCGGAUGAAUACGUGACACUUAGCAGGCAAGCCUGUGGGCAUGGUACGCAGUGACGGUGUUCUGUCACAGAUAUCACUACCUGUGUCUGUAGUUUUCUCUCACUGUUUGCAGACAAGCUGAAAAUUAAAUUUAACCUGUUAUGGAAAAAGUAACUUACCUGAAAUUACUCCAUAUACACUGAAUAGAACAUGUAUCAGAAAUAAACACGGCCUGUUCAAUUUAAGAUUAACUCACUUUUACUUCAUUCCAGCGAUGCUUUGUGACUGUCCACCACUCUAGUUGCAUUCCUCCUGCAGUCUUAUUUGAUCUGCCCUGCUUGGGACACAUCCCCAAGCAGGGCAAAUUUUAUCAGUCACAUUGGCACACCGGCUUUGUUGCCCGUGUGUAGGUGUUGGAACAGAAUGACGUCACCUAACUCUAUUGCUAUAUGUCAGUACUAGAAGGGAUGGCUAGGGAGUUUUCGUAGCAACCACAGUGCAUGCUGUAGGUGUAGAGCAGAGCAGAGGGAUCUCCUCUUUUCUGCUCUUCCUUGUAAGUCAGUGCCGAGGAAUGCCUCUUUUAAAUAGGUUUUUCUCCUAAUCUAUAUAUUUACUAGCAAAACUGCUAGCACAAUGUAUAGAUAAAAUCUUAUGCUCAAUGUAAUGAGCAUAAGUUGUUUGGGGAAUGAGAGGUACCUCUUAAAAGCAUCUCACUUUGUGCUGUUAGUGGCUGAGCUGCACUGAUACACUAAUAAUUAAGUCUUUCUGACAUGAUGGAGUAUUGUUAACGGACACUUUACUCACCAAAACAACUUUAGCUUAGUGAAGUGGUUUUGGUGUAUAGAUCAUAUCCAUGCAGUCUGACUGCUCAAUUCUCUGCCAUUUAGGAGUUAAAUCACUCCUAAUCACCCUGAGUGUAAUUUAUCCAUCUCAUUCCUAAACACUUUCUAGAAAGAGACAUCUAAUGUUUAAACUUCCUUUAAUUAAUUAAUUUAGAAUUUAUCUCCUGCUCUUUUAAUAGCUUGCUAGAUCCUGCAUCCUCCUGUGUGUAAUUCAAGUUCAAAUUACAUAGCAGGAAAAAAAAAAAGAACUUCUAAAAUAUCAUCAUGAUACCAUUUUUUUUUCAUUCAGGCUGUGUCAGUCACAGCCAGGGGAAGUGUAACUAAGGCUGCAUAAACAGAAAGAAAAGUGAUUUAACGAAAUGGCAGAAAAUUGAGCAGUGAGACUGCAGGGGCAUGAUCUAUAUACCUAUAUACUGCAUCAUUAAGCUAAAGUUGUUUUGGUGACUAUAGUGUCCCUUUAAGUAGAAAGGCUUAUGGUGCAGCAUUUUGAAAAAUAUUUAUUUUUUCUGUAAAAACUAUAAAAAUAUGAGCAUGCAAAAAAUACAGCACAAACAGGCCAAACUAUCAAAUGUAUUAAAACUGUCUUGAUGCCCAGUUCAGUUUUUGUUGUUGUUUUAUUUAAGUAGACAUACACCCUUCUGUGUAUACUGCUAUCAACAACAUAGCACUAUAACAUUAGGGAGUUUGCACAACAUUAUGCUUUGUGGUUAACUCCACCUAUUGUACUCUUUUUUUUUUUAAAUCAUUUUUCUCUUUACAACAGAGUAGUCUAAACAAGAUUCAAGGACUUGGUGUUGCCUCACUAAGUGUGAUGUAUGUAACUCUCAGCAUUUCAUCUUUGUUGCUGCCUCCUUUACUGAUAAAGAAACUUGGCUGCAAGUGGACCAUUGUAGCUUCUAUGUUUUGCUUCAUUUCAUACAGCCUGUGCAACUUCUACCCAAGCUGGUAAAUAUUCAAAUAUUAAUAGAUAUUAUAAUAUAUAUGUUAUAGUCAAUGCUACUUUAGUCAUGGGAUUUUCAUUUCAACACAUGCUUAUUUCUCAUGAAUAAAAAAUCCCGGUGUUGCAGAAUGCAGAAAUAUCAGUGUGAAGAUAUAGAUUUAAUUUAAAUGACAGCAUAAAUUCCUGGUAGACCAAAUAUAUACACAGCUAUUCCUUACAGGGCUUAAAAUGUCAAGCCAUAUACUGCUAGCCAGGUCUUACAACUUACUUACCAAUGUAAGCUUCGGGAAUCCUUGGUGAAACUGCUCAUAAGGGCAAACUUUUUACUUGCUAAUGACCAGUAGCAAACAGAAAAUUCUAACCCAGCUUAGUUGAAGUAAUCUGAAUGCCAAAAACAUAAACCCCAAUGUAUCAUACUCCCCAACAACUUGUUUUACAUGUCAGUAAGGAGAGAAUGACAGAGUAAUGGCAGCAGGCACUGCCUGGUGUGACCAACUACAGAACUGCAACUAGCCAAGAGAUUCAGCCUGGAAAGAAGCCCCCAGUAAUUGUAUGUCUGUGUAUGUGUGAGUAUAUGUGUAUUUAUGUGUAUAUAUAUAUAUAUUGUGCAAAGGGUAUGCCAAUAUGGCUAUACCUGAAACAAUCUCCAAAAAAAAAGAAAAGAGCAUAACAAAAAAUAUUUAAAUAGAAUAAAACAUCUCCUAGAUAGAGGACAGGUAUAGGGACAGAUAUGGUAUUAAUGAUUUACAAACUAUACGAAAGUGUAAUCCCAACACCUACACCAAGCUAUGAUAGUAAACCAAAAUAGCUUACAAAGCUUUGAAUGUUAGGCUAGGAAGGAAUAUAAAAUACAGAUUUGAAAACAAUUUAAAGGUAGCUCAGAAAAGUUAACAAACUAUCCAAUGUGAUAGCAAUGUAAAUGGCACACCCAUGUUUUCCUUAAUUAAAUAGCAGACUCACAUAUCUUCUGCAUAUCUAAAGGUAAUGGGUAGAAAACUCACUACCUAUCAAACUUGUGCCUACAUGUGCCAACUCUAAUGAUAAAAUGAGACAUGUAUUAGUUAGGUGUGUUGCCUUACUGACUACAGAGGUAAGUGGAAAAAAAAGUGAACUAUUUCUUAGUACUUAUCCUAAAGUAAAAAGAAGAGAGCAAAUUGCUAAUGCAUGUUACAAUUCAUCUAAGCACCUUUGUCCAUGUGCAUUGCCUACUAGAGGUUUUAAUCCCAUUUUGCCAAGGUAUGUAGUACAAAGGUUUAAUAUACCAGCUAAAACAUGCUAAACACAAACAUUUGGUAGGUUGCGAGGUGUCUCCCCAAUAAAUUUAGAUUGGAAGGAGAGGUGUGAGUCUGCUAUUGAAUUAAGGAAAGCUUGCAUAGGCGUGCACACGGGGUGUGCCGGGUGUGCCUAGGCACACCCUAAUCCCCGCGGCACGCACUAUGUGCCUCCCUCCGUAGGCAGGUGAGGUAGAUCAAAGAUCUCCUUCACCAACCCACAGGCAGGGAGGGAGGCAGGAGAGGACCCGGGGAGCUCUUGUCAGCAGCUCCGCUAGGUUCCUCUUGCGCGAUCGGAGCGUUGCCGCUCAGAUCUCGCAAGAUCUCGCUCAGAUCUAGCGAGAGUGAACUCUAACCCCACAGGGGGCUAAAGUUCACUCUCCACUGGACCACCAGGGAAGGCAGGAUCACGGUCCCCACUCCCUACAUAAUGUAAGAAGGGAGGGGGGAUAUUAACACACAAACAUACAGCACACACACAUACAUCACCCUUACACACACAGCACAUACACACUAACAGCACCCUUACACACACAGCACCCUCACACAUACACACACAGCACACACUAACAGCACACUUACAAACACACAGCACACACUAACAACACCCUUACACACACAGCACUCUCACACAUACACACACACACACACACACACACACACAGCACACACUAGCAGCUCCCUUACACACAGCACCCUCACACACACAGCACCCUUACACAUAAACAGCACACACUAACAACACCCUUACACACUAACAACACUCUUACACACACAGCACCCUCACACAUACACACACACACCCAGCACACACUAACAGCACCCUUACACAUACACACACUAACAGUACCCUCACACACACAGCACACACUAAGAGUACCCUUACACACACAGCACCCUCACCCACACACACAAAGCACACACUAACAGCACCCUUACACAUACACACACACAGCACACACUAACAGCACCCUUACACACACAGCACCUUCACACACACACAGCGCCUUCACACACAGCACCUACACACACACACACACACACACAGCACCUACACACAGCACUCUCACACACACAGCAGUGUGUGUGUGUAUGUAUGUAUAUAUAUAUAUAUAUAUAUAUAUAUGUACGCGGCGUGUGUGUUUCUGCUUUAAGGUGCACACCCUUAUACAAUAGACUGCGCACUCAUAUGAAAGCUUGGGUGAGUCAGUUAAAUUGCUACCACUGUUUCGAGUCAUUGUACAGUUUUGGAAAGUUUGUUAAUAACUUUCCUGAGUUACCUUUGAAGUUGUUUCUAAUCUACAAUUUAUUUUCAUUUUCGGCCUAUUAGUCAAAGGUUUUGAAGCUAUUUUCUUCAAUUAAUUUAUUAGUCAAAGGUUUUGGAGCUAUUUUCUUUCUGCUGCCUAUCCUUUAAAUUAGUGACACCCCAUAUCUGUUCCCAAUAUAAGAGGGCUUUUUCUUGUAUAUAAGUGCAAAGACAGGAACAACAGCUGCUUUGGAACAUGUCUUCAAUAAAAUUAAAAUAUCAUUUAAUUUGAAAGAUAUAUAACAAGAGAUAACUACAUUUCCUUAAUAUUUCCUACAAAAAAAAGUGUGUGUUCUACCUGGCUGUUGUCUAUUUCCAUGUAGAGUCAAUCUCAUCUGUCACAGUAAUCCCUAAAAUAGGUAAAAAUAGAAAAAACUGAAAAAAACAAAAACAUUUGUACAAUAUUUAUGGCUAACACAUUAUCUUCCUUAAUUUGAUCAUAUUUGUAUGUCAUAUAACUUUAAAACUUGUACCCUUCAGUUUCAAACAAAUUGCAAUUUGUCUUGAGUCUGGUCAUCCAAAUUCCGUAACUCCAAAGCACCAUAUAGAUGUAUCUUGAAACUAAUGACAAUGGAUGAACAAUGGAUGAACAGGUUUGUUUGAUUUGUGAUUCGGAGUGGUGCCAAAAAAAAGUUGAUUCAUAGUUAGGCUCCAUCUACUAAAGCAAAUAAAUAAAUAAAUAAAUAAAUCAGGGAACAUCCAGCCUGAAUAUUUAAAAUGCACAACUUCAUGUUCAAAAGUAAGCAAAUGCUCAGAAUCAUGAAUAUAACAAAAUUUCCAUGGUAAAAUAUCAUUCAAAUAGGUCAGAAUUUGGUCAAAAUUUGGUUGUUCAAAUUCUAAGCAGAAUACUAAUACAAAUACACACACCAGUCAAGCUCUCACUACUGCAAAUGAGCUUAGCAAAGAACCACAUUUUUGCAUCAAUGUUACUUUAUACAUGGAUUCCUUAGAGUAUGUGCUGUAAACAACAGCUUUGAAACACAACUCAGGAAGAGAUGCAAAGCCAGUGAACUACUCAUGGACAGCUGUUUCCUUGUUAAUGCAACUCAUCAACAUGAGGUUGUCAUGAGGUUGGUUACUGGCUUGUUAUGGAGGCUUGGCGUUACUUGUAAAGUACAUACCAAAAAAGUUAUGGUGGGGAAAAAAAAGUGUGGAUGAAAACCCCUUCCACCUGAAGUAAGUGGAUAGUUAAUACGUUGAUAAACACAAAUACACACACCAGUCAAGUCAUACGACUUGCUUUUCCCACAGAAAUCUCACUUUAACAGUGCUUUUACUACUGCAAGGGAUUCUGGGUAUGGAAAUGAGCUCAACAAAGAACAACAGUUUUGCCUCAGUUCCACUUUACACAUGGAUUCCUUGGAGUAUGUGUCUGUAUCUGUUGUCUCUCUUUUGGUUAGUCCAAAUGAUUUUACUGGAAUCAUUUAUAAUAUUCAUAUGAACUAAAAUGCAGAAUCAAAAUUCAGACAACCAAAUUAAUUUUUUUACUGGAUUUGCAUUUUAGUAAACUAGUCAUUCAAUACUUAUUGUGCUUAGCCUGGUUAAGUAAUGGUUAGCAAAGGUACUUUUGUUGUGACUCUCCUGAUAUACCACCCAGAGGUGAAAUGCUCCAAAAUACCGCUGUUUCACCAGAUCAGGGUCACUUGGAAAUGAGGUGAAAUGCUCUUAAAAUGCAAUGAAAAUGCAAAUGCAAAAUGCAGUCUUAUCUGAGUUAUAUCUCAAGUGCUCUAAUCCUUUCAUAGCCUUAUUUCCAAGUAACAUUUGGAACAGGAUACAACACGUUUGCAAUUAAAGUUCCUACAUUUACUGAUUUAACAUGACUUUUCUAAAACAUCAAGCUGUUUUUUCAUGUACACAAGCAAUUAAGUUGUACUUGUCUUUCUGUGAAAGAACUUUCAUCACCAAAAAUCACUAAUUAUUUUAUCCAUGUGAUUAAACUAUCUAACUUUGGAGAUUUUAUUAGGAGACAGUAAAAAUGUAAAAUGGACUAUCUGAACAUUAUUUACUUGGAAACCAUAGCCACUAAAAUCUAGGCAGUGAUGGUGAUGAAUGUUAUGAUGCUUGUUUGCCCUAAUCCUCAGGAAUUAAGCAAACAAUCAAAAAGUGCCCAUUAAGUGACCCAUGCAUCUAAACAAACUUCCCUUUUCAAAUUGGGAUUUUCCCUACUUGUUUACUUCCCGCUUCAAUACCACUAAGACUGAUAUAUGCUGAUUCCACCUCUAGGUGUGACAGACUACAUUAUGUCUUAAAGUAUCAGGUCAGUAUUUAGUCAGAUCUACAAGAUUAAUAUAAGCAUUCUCAGCAGACACAAAUGUUGCCUCAUAAUGUUGCCAUGGGUCACAGCUAUUACAUUCAUUUACCCUCAUUGACCUUGAAGCUUGAAGCUGUUCUUACAUUUGUGAUGCCUCAUAUGGAUCGUAUAAUAUUGAAUUUCUCAGGAUCCAAAUAUUUUCCAAAUAAGCCUGCACAUAGAAUUAUUUACUUCUUUCUAAGCAACUAACUCAUAUGCAAAAUAUAAAAUAUACAAUAGGAGUGUGCUUAAAAUAUUAAUACUGAGACUACUUAUCAACAAUUCAUAUGCAAAAUAUGCUUUACAUUGCAAUUCUAGCUAUAUGGUGAAUUAUGUCAUGGGCAGGCUACCCCAUAGUCAAAUCUGUAGACAUUCAAUUUUAUCCUCUUUUAUAUGUCUGUUUAUUGUAGAAGCAUAUCAAGUGUUUUAUAGUGCACCUAAUAAACUACAAUGUGCAACACUUAAAACACUGUUUUAUGAAAGUGUGUUAUUGUACAAUAUUCACCAUUUAACAAAGUAUAAGCAUAUGAAAGAAAAUCAGUUGUUCAACAAUAAUUUGACUAUUCUAUACCUUCCAAGUGACGCUGAUCUGGUGAAACAGCUGUAUUUUGGAGCCUGGUUCCCAAUAUCUUAAAUUGCUUAAAGUAUUUUAUGCCUAGGUUUUAUGGAACACCAGCUGUAACCCAUAAAAAGCACAGCACAGGCACACAAAACAAAGAUUAUUUGGAGCACGAACAGCACACUUCCACAGAACUUUGGUAUGGUUGGCUAACUAUUUAUAUAUGUGUGUCUGUACAUCAAACUUACAUUUUGCUUGACAAAACAAUGUGCAGCAGUACUUGAUUGUGGAAAGCCCUAUAUUUCAGUGUGCAGUCUAGAUAUGCCAGUGGAAACGUCACAUGACACAGUCAAAGAUGUCUGUUCUAUAACCAACCCAUUACAAUAUGUAUUUAAGGAUGAAUACAAAAUAAACACAUUUUGCUUAAAGCUCCAUAUGUUUGUGCCCAUUUGUUUUUCACCAAGUCACUUCACUUAACCCAGGCAUGAGCUUGGUCUUGCAUUGCCUUGCUCAGCUCAGUAAAUCUAGCAGAAUUGUCCUCAUGGAAAAUUCCAGAAGUGAGAGUAGUAGUGUUGGAGAUUAUGGAGUUUUGAGUUUUCCUUUCAGAGAGUAAUAGGCAUCAAAUCAUGCAAUGAAUAGGACCAUCUUGCAUGCACUGAGGAGGCACAAGUCUUAAAAGGGAAACAAUAAAACAGCAGGAACCAGAGGAACCAGAAUAGGUCACAGACAGAAAAUAAUAUCAGAAAUAUAAAAGUAGAGCUUCAAGAAAGAUAUGGCAGUUUGACAAAACAAGGCGGAUAGAUUACAAGAAAGACCAUAAGCAAGAACAGAGAAGGAGAGGGAAUGCCAUGAUAAGUUCACAGUGUACUUCAAGAGGAACUUGGACAUCUGUAAGAAGGAUAUAGAAGAUUACAAGUAAAAACAUAAGCAGUGCCUUAAGGAGAAUAUAUAGUACAAAAUGAACAUGGGACAUGCAUAAGAAAAACAGGAUAGACAUAAAGACAAUCAAGAUGCAUGGGUAUCUACUAGGGGAUAGUGAGAUAACAGACUGAUAACCUACAAAGAAAUAUCAAAAGGUACUUGAGACUUGGGACACCACCACAUAGACAAGUGGCUGUUGUCAUCUACCCUUUCUAUAUUUUAUUGUGUUCUUUGUUUGUCCAGUUCUCUAUAAACAUUAUGUGAUGUGUGGAUAUUUACACUUUUUUUUCCCGGGGGAAAGUUUAAAAGCUAGAUGAUUUGGAGAAAAUGGACUUGUCAAAGGUAAUAACAAAAAGUAACAUCCAUAUUAAAUAUUUUUGCAGGCCUACACUGAUAAUCUCAUCUAUACUAGUGGGACUUGGUGGAGGACCCCUUUGGGCUAGCAAGAGUACCUAUAUCACAAUAACUGGAAAUAAACAUGCUGAAAUGUCUGGCCAACCUACUCAACAUGUGGUAAACCAAUAUUUUGGCAUCUUCUUUUUCAUUUGCCAAACAUGUCGUGUCUGGGGAAACCUAAUCUCUGCUUUAAUAUUCCACCUAACACCAAAUGCAGGUAAGAUAAUCUGUCUAACAUUUAUAGAAAUAUAUUUCACCUUUUCAAUAAAAAAUAAUAUAUUUCUAAUAUGAAUAUCUAGGAAGCCUAGAUGCCGCCAAUCAAACUAUUUGUGGGGCAGGUGACUGUCCAGUUCAGUCAGCACAGUCAACAAAUGAUACAGCCGGUCCAACCAAAACUGUAAUUUACAUUCUUUUGGGAUCCUACACUGGUACGUAACAUGGACUGAAAUGUUAUAGAACCUUUUUCUCCUAGGCAUGCCACAAUUGACAUGUUAAAUCUUUACUUUACUUUAAGGAUGUGGAGUAUUAGCUGUGCUGCUAAUCAUUAUAUUCUUGGAUCAAACACAUACCGACAGAGAAAAGAAUAAAGAUAGCCAAACGUCCUGCUGUUCAACCUUAUUAUCUGCACUGAAGCAUCUACGUGAUAAACGUCAGUGUCUUCUCAUUCCACUUACUAUGUUCAGUGGUUUUGAGCAAGGAUUCAUUGCUAGUGAUUUUACAAAAGUAGGUAUACUACAUUGAAUUAUAUUACAAGACACAGAUAUACUGUUUAAUCAGAUGUGUUGUAAUUAUCAGCACUGGACAAUACUGCAUACAAUCUAAUUACAAUCUACUGAUGGAAAUGUCUUGCAAAGAGUGACAAUAAGUUAUUUUUAGAAUCUAUAUAUAGAUGAGUGGAAUGUGUGUUCAUUGUUAUUUGGGAAAUGUCAAUGUUCUAUAAUGAGCCUAUUUGAACUUGAAUAGGGAGAUGCAAUUUAUUUAUUUGUUUUAUGAUUAGUAGUGAUAGUUUACCACUGGUUUGCUAAAUGCAAUUUGCCAAAGAAGUUCCUAGCCAAUCAUAAGAUAAACACUUUAUUGGUAAUAUAAUUUAAUACUCAAAUCCAUUAGAUUUGAUGGUUUGUGAAAUUGCAUUUAUGAUAAGCUUAUUGAACCAAUCAACAUUAGUAGCUCGCUAAUAUAAAACUACUAAAGUAAUUCCGUAACAUAGUUUCACAGAUAGAAUUUGUCAAAUGAAUGCAGAUUAAAUUAAAUCAUUGAGUAAUUUAUCAUUAUUAUUAUUAUCAUUAUUAUUAUUAUUAUUAAUAAUAAUAAAUAAUGAUUAAUGAAGCACCAAUAUAUUUUGUAGUGGAGUAGAAUGAAUAAACAACCACUGGCUUUUAUUCUGUUGAAACUUGCAAUGUGAGCUUUCUUACAUAGAAUGGACGAGUCACAACUUGAACCUGGCUGCAAAAGCAGUGAUUCAGGCUGAAGAAAAAAUUACCAUGCCCACACUAAAGUAGCUGUUUUUUUUAAUGCAUACACUAGAAAAAAAAUACACAGAAGGUGCAAAGCUCUUGUAAGCCAAGGAAAAGCAAACCAAGAUGAUAUUUCAUAUAAGGAACAAUUCUAUUUUACAUUAUAUAUUUUGAAGAGCAGCAGCAAACUAAAUAUCCACUACCCUUUCAAAAUAUAAAUAAACUACAACACAGAAGCUGUACAUACAGUCUAUGCUACAUAUGAUUAUAAAAAAACAAAGGUUAAGGAAUGCACAUGCUUUUUUCGUAUGGUCUUCAUUUGUUGCCAGGCAGAGGUGGCAAAAACUCAAAUUUAGUACAAAAACUACAGAAGAAUCUGAGUACACAGGUUAUAUCUAAUGCAGAUUUUAUUGAAAGCGAAAGGCAAUAUUUUGACUCACAAGAGUCUAUCAAUCCAUGAUCCACAAUGGCAAAUCCACUCAAACGGUUUAAUUAACCACCUAUUUGCAGGGGUUUGGAGGGAACACUAGGUUUCACCCCUUUGAAUAUUAAAAUUAGGGCCCUACCCACUCCAGUGAAUAUAAUAAUAGCCCCUCAGGGGGGGGCAUACGAAUGUCCCUCACAUUUAUUUUAUUAAAUGACCAUCUUCCAAUGGCCACUGCUGGGGAUAGUGUGUAGAGUGAUCUGCUUUCCCCCCAUUAUUUUUUAAUGUUCCCCACUCGAGACUCAUAGGUGGUAUUAUGGGGGGAAUAUGUCCCCAGUGUUAUUUCACAGGACCCUUCUCUAUACGACGGGGCCUUUUUAAUGACUGGUCAACAAUGGCUGCUCAUUUGCUAGUUUAAGUCAAAUAUUAGGUAUGUCCUAAACUGCCACAUGGCUGGUGGGGGCAUAGGAAGAUGUUAAAUAUCCUUUAUUGUAAUAUCUUAUAAUGUCUUAUAAUUAAUGUCUUAUUAAACCCCAUAGGCUUUUUUAUUUAUUUAUUUUUAACUAUAUAAUGUGGCAACUUGCUAUCAAGUGCUGGCCAGCCACCACAUGGUUAACCCUAACCCAAUUAAACCAAUUCUUUUCUGAGGUUUUUUUUAAACUAUUUGCCUGCUGGCUGCUAGGGCUGCUGGUGAAGCAUCCAGGCCCAAAUUUGAAGCAUUCCAAUUGAUCUGACUGAAAUUCAGACCAAAAGAAGGCCUUUUGGGGUCCGAAUUGCAAAUUCUUGGCAUUGUUAAACAGUGUAAAGGAGCUCCUGUACUCAGAAUGGUACUUCUGCCAGAUACCUCCAUUGUUUUAAGAUGGAUUCAAUAGCUUUAGAUUCACGUUGCAGUCACUGCCAAAAGUGCAUAUUCUCCACUUUAGGUAGACUUGAUAUUCUUUGAAUUCUAUUGAUGUUUUCACAAAGAAAGAUCAUAGCCCUUUCCCCCAAACCAUUGCCUCUUCUCCAUUCCACCCUCCUUUUUUUCUGGUGUUUGGAGUGGUACUCCAAAUCAAGAAUGAAAAUUUGAAUGUUUGGCCUUGCGUAAUUUGGUUCCCCUGAGAUUCUACUUGUGAGUUGGCAAUAGGAAUUAAACUGGAUUGACUCAAGAUGUAUCUCCAAGUUUAAUACAUAGCCAUGCACUUGUUUAAGUCACUUAUGCUCUGAAGCUGGUUUAAAGAUCUAUGAUAUUCUGUGUGACAUGUCACAGACCUGCUUCUAGAUGUAACGCUGGUCUCACUAGGUGUUGUAUUUAUGCCAUUAUAAGAGCUUUUUUAAAGCUUUACUAAUUAGACAGUGUAAAUUAUACCAUUUAAUGAAUAUAAUUUAUCUGAAACUCUGCUAGGACACCAAAAAAGCCUAACAAACUUUAGUUAUUCUACAUUAAUUUCUAUGCAUCUAGGAGCAGAAAAAUAAUCACAUUCCAUCAGAUAUUUAUACAUAAAACAUUUUGUGAUUGUUGAUCAGUUUAAUGUCUAAUUAUUUUUUAAAUUGCCAUUACAAUAUCCAUUGUUUCUAUCUUUUUAAGUCAUAUGUAACCUGCAUCUUGGGACUAAAAUAUGUUGGCUUUGUAAUCAUAUGUUUUGGAGUUACCAACUCAAUUUGUGCUGCUCUUUUUGGAAAACUCACCCAAUAUACUGGACGGAUUCCUUUGUUUUUACUGGGUAAGAUUCCGUAUUUAAGUAAAGUACUAUAUUUUGAUACUUUCUUAAGGCACUCUAUUUGUAAAGAUGGACAGGAUUAUUUACUAUAAUGAGAACAGCCGGCAAUUCAAAGUGAAUUCAAUGUGAAUUUCAAAAUUUAGCUGGAAUAGGUCAAUUCUGCAUUCAGUUUGACUAUAUUGAACUUCAACUUGAAAUUCCUUUUUGAAUUCCUAGCAAUUAUCCCUUUAGUGAAUAAAAUGAAUGAAACAACUGUGCAAAGGUAAUUUUAUAAGUGUAUUAAUAGUACAAUGUUUUAGCAUGUGGUAUUGCAAAUCAGCCAAAUCAAUAUUCAGUUACCAGGCACAAGGUUUUGCUAGAUGUGAAGAUUUACCUUGAGAAAUUAGUGGAAAGGUAUGUGACCAUUGGAAAUUUGUUGAUUUGAUAUUAAUACAAGAGGAAGGAACAGGAAAGCUAAUCUGCAUAUUCCAACCAGGGCCAUCUUUAAUAUUGAUUGAACACUGGGCAAACAUUUGCUUGGGACCCCUGUUUGCUGUCCUGUUUGCUCUGCGGUAAAGAGGGCCCAGAUUACAACAUUGAGCCAGGUUCCAAAAGGAAAUCAGAAUCUACAAAAUCGCAACCCAAACUGCUGUGGACAGUGAGAGACGAUCAAUUCAUGCAAUCAGUUAUUAAAGGGAAAAUCCUAACACAAUCCACAUCUAAGGGAGAUAUAUUAAAGAUAAAUUAGUGUGUGUGGAGUAACAGAAGCCUUUACCAAUGAUUCAAACUUGCUGUGAAUGCAGUGUUGCAAAAAUAAUAUAAAAGCCAGGGCUCAAUCUGAACUAUAGAAGAUUGUUGCAGCAAUUAAUUUAGGAGUUUUCGGUAAGGGAGCCCAGGGGUCAAGUAAACAGUCCGUGAAAAGGUAGAUAUAGGUUUUGAAAGUCAGAGGCCAGUCUUAAGUAACACUUUUUCGGCCUGGAGAAUAGGUUAUUUCUGAAGCAUUAGAAAACACAGAAACAGCAAGGCUAGUGCUGCAUAGCAGACACAUUAAUCAUGCAUGGAAUAUCUGGACGCCUUUUUAAAAAAUAGUGUGAGUAGAUACCUAGAGAAAUUAUUAUAGAUCAACACAUAACAAAUCUGACAUUUUUAUGUUAUAUAAAAUUAUCUGCAGCAGUGUGUGUAGUUGUUAUGGUACCAAGAGUCCCUGCGUUAUGACUUGGGUCCUGUCUGGUGAUAAUCUAUCGAAAUGCCCAUGAACAGUUUGACACUAACCUUGCUAUCAUAGUAACUCAGACUGGAAACACUAGCACCUACAAAACCUCCAUUCUUAGUUGCUAUGAUAAAGUGGAAGUUUACUUAUCCACAUUAUUACCCGGCUUGAACAGUAUCAGCAGAUGGCUAACAGCCCGUUAAUACUGUCAAAACCUGCGCUGAUAUGACAAUGUGGAGACGGGAGCUUCCACUUUAUCAUUGUAACUCAAGUAGGUGUUAAACUAUUAAUAAACGAUUUGACAGAUUUCCAUCUGAUAGCAGUGAGAACUCCUUGUACCAUAACCACUGCAAUAUACUGAAGUGGUUAUGGUGUUUAGAGUGUCCCUUUAAUAUUUUUGCUAUCUUGUGCCUUUUUUUCUCUACUGGUGUCUUGAAUACAUUACAUUUAUUAUUGUGUUUGUUUACAUCCAUAUGCAUGCCUGUGCAAUUUUGAAGAUUUCACUGAUAAGUCUUUUGGCAGGUGAUCAUAAUUUUUAUUUUAUUUUUUGCACAUAUAUAACCUCACUUUUAGGCACAUAUGUCCUUUGCUUUUACCAGAUAUCUGGGAUAGUAUGUAAUAUGAUUUAAAUGCAACAUUGAUAUUUCCACAGGCAUGCAAUUUUUCAGUUACAGUUACUAGUUGGGAAGAAAAUACUAUACUAAAGCUUUUUUUUACUGAAUCUAUACUUUCUAAUAUCAAUAUUAAAAAAAGCCUUGGAUAGGAAACAUGUAUAUGAAUAUUUAAAGUAGUCUAAACAAGACAUUUUAUUUUUCUUUGACAGGAGCAGCAAUUAAUAUUGGAUGCAUAAUUGGCUUUCUUGUGUGGAAACCCAAUACUAGUAACUUUGCUGUAUUUUUUGUGAUGUCUGCACUUUGGGGGAUUGCCGACGCAGUUUGGCAGACACUACUAAGCUGUAAGUUAAUGCAUACAAUUCUGUUAAACAUUAAUAAAAAAAAAAAUAGAUUAAGAAGAACGUUAACAGAAGAAGACUGUAAGCUCGUUUUAGCAGGGCCCUCUUCAACCCUUCGUUUCUUGUUUUGUAAUUGUCCUAUUUAUAGUCAAAUCCCCCCCUCUAAUAAUAUUGUAAAGCGAUACAGAAUCUGUUAGCACUAUUUAAAUUGCAAUAAUAAUAAUAAUAAUAAUAAUAAUGAUGAUAGAUUCUUGAUGUUUAAAAUUUGGAUACUUGAGUUACUUACUUAAGUGAGAAUUCAAAGUCAAUUCAGAGUGAAUUAAAAAUGUAGGGACAAGAUAACAACAGGAAAAAAAUCACUAAUUCCUAUUGUCCUUUUGACAGUAUUCCAGUUCUGCUACUCAGGCCUUACAUUUGAAAUUCAUAUCCUAUUCACUUUGAAUUCUCACUUUACUAAAUAACUCUGACAACUUUUUUACUGUAUGGUUUUGCAAAAAUUUCAAUCCACGUAAUUCUUCUCUUUGUGGUAUGUUUUACUUUAACAUAUUGUCUUUUUUUUUUUAGGAUACUUGCAAAGCAAACUUAUAUUAUGCUGUCUACAGAAUAACAUGAUAAAUACUAAUGAGGUUGGUUAGCUCCUAAAGACGGGAAGAAAAGCAAACCCCACAAGGAAUAUUUCUAGAUAAAAUUCAAAAUAGGAUAAUAAGCUUUAUUGAAAAGAAGAAAAGCACAUACUAGACAAAAGGUGCUUGUGCAACUCAAAUGUGAUGUGGAAAAAAGUAUAUAAAUGUGAUAAUGAAAUAACUACUAAAUCUGUAUCACAGACUGUCAAUAAACUCCACAGGCUACAGAUGGAGUGUUUAGAUAAUGGACAUUUAGAUAAUGAACUAGUUUGACAAAAAAUAACAAACUACUUUCUGCAGUAUCCUAUGGAUAAAGUGUAAUAGAUAUAGGAUUAAAUAACUGUUAGAUCUGUAUCACAAACUAUCACUGUAGAUUCCAUAGGCUACAAAUUUAACAUAUGGAUACUUAACUGAUUUGGCACCCAAUGUAACAUAUAAAUAAAUAACUAGUUAGGACACCUAAUAGCAAGUUGCUUGCUGUAGUGUCCUAUGAAUACAGGAUAAAGUCAAUAUUGGACAUCUGAGACAGAGUAAUCCUAUAGAGAAUCUGUUCAACAAUAAAAGAAGAUGACCUAUAGACUUGAGAUCUAAGUAUAAGUGGAAAAAAAAAGCCAAAGCUAAUAAAUGUAUGAACUCCACAUACAAAUAGUUCAAAAGGGCUUAAUAUGUGGAUUGUUAAUAGGGGAGGGGGGAAAAGACAAGUGGAGCCUAGAGCAAAGACAUUGCAAUAUAAACCCUAAAGCGGUCUAUAUCCUCCCCAUUGCUGUUAAAAAGCAGCCCUCUGUGUAGAGAAUAUUCAGGUUUAUGUGGACAACAGGAGUACAUCAAACGAGAGGGGAGAGCCAGCAGAUCAGAUGAAGGUAGAAUGCUAAAAAUCUGGUGCUUUUACUGAUGCUAGCUAAACCACCCCCCUUCUGCUUCGAGGCAUCCACCUGAACUAAAGAAAAAUCAAGAGAAUCAAAUCACAAGAGUAUCUCGGUCAUAUCACUGUGUAUGCAUCAGCAGCCCGACGCGUGUUUUGGCGGCAACAUUGUCUGAUUCUUCAGGCAUCCAUGAAGAAUCAGCUUUUUAAAGGUAGAAAAACCCUGCCUCUAGCGGGAAUGGGUCAAUCGCAUGGGUUAUCCUAUUAGUAUGGAUGGAGAUAACUCCCGAGAGGAGGCACAGAUGUCUCAUUGCGCAUGUGUGGCCACCGUAUGGGUUCCUAAUAUAAACAACCCGUUCCUAUGGUUACCGUUAUGAGGGAGAGACUACAUAGUUAGUCUAAAUGCGCACGCACCCGCAGGCUAACAGGCUGAGCUAUUAGAAAGCCCGCCUAGGGAGUGUAUUAGAAUGCUAGAAGCUAAGUUUCCAUAGUGACUCACACAUUUAUGUACCAAUAAAGUAGGAGCAACAAAAAAAGACUGUUUAAAAGGGUAUCAGUCUUGACAGACACCAAUAAAUAUACAGUCUAAAGUUGCUCCCGAAAGAUGUAGUUACCCAAAGCAGGAUACAACAAAAGUGAUUUCCAACCAUGUGUGUAUACAGAUAGCAUGUUUUGCACUCUAUAUGAGGCAGUCAUACACAUGUUGGAUAUAAAAAAUAUUUAUAUACAAAUUCAAAUAGGAAAGGUUCAUACAGAAGACCAAAAAGCAUAAAAGAUAUAUGUGGAUGAAAACACAUCAAUAAACAAUAGGACAAUUACCAUGAAAUUGAUAAUGAGCAGGAACCAAAAUAUAUAUAGAAAACACCUAUUGGGGCAUGUCUUUAUCAAAAUUCAGUCAAAAUUAAUAAAAUUAGUAAAACACUCUUUGUGGAUGUCUUUUUAGCUCUUGAGAAAGGCAGUGUUGCCGCCGAAACGUGCGUCGGGCUGUUGAUGCAUAUACUUUGCUUUUAAUUUCACUUUUCUAUUUGACAGUGAUAUGACUGAGAUACUCUUGUGACUUGAUACACUUAGAAAUCUUUAGUUCAGGGGGCUACCUCGAAGCAACAGGGGGAUGGUUUAGCUAGCAUCAGUAAUAGCACCGGAUUUUUUAGCCUUCUACCUUCAUCUGAUCUGCUGGCUCUCCCCUCUCGUUUGGUGUACUCCUGAUGUCCACAUAAAUCCAAAUAUUCUCUACACAGGGCGGCUGCUUUGUAACAGCAAGGGUGGUUAAUAUAGACAGCUUUAGGGUUUAUAUUGCAAUGUGUUUGCCCUAGCCUCCACUUGUCUUUUUCCUCCUUCCCUAUUAGCAAUCCACCUAUUAAGCCCUUUUGAACUAUUUGUAUGUGGAGUGCGUACAUUUAUUAGCUUUGGCUUAGGAUAUUUUUCCACUUAUACUUAGAUCUCAAGUCUAUAGGUUAUCUUCUUUGUUGAACAGACUCUCUAUAGCAUUACUACAGAAAGUAGUUUGUUAUUUGUGUCAAACUAGUUCAUUAUCUAAAUGCCACAUCUGUAGCCUGUGGAGUUUAUUGACAGUCUGUGAUACAGAUUUAGUAGUCAUUUCAUUAUCACUUUUUAUAUACUUUUUCCCACAUCACAUUUGAGUUGCAUGAGCACCUUUUAUGUCUAGUAUGUGCUUUUCUUCUUUUCAAUAAAGCUUAUUACCCUAUAUUGAAUUCUAUCUAGAGAUAUUAGUUGUGGGGUUGGCUUUUCUUUCUGUCUUUAGGAGCUAACCAUCCUCAUUAGUCUUUAUCAUUUGAAUUCAAGGGUUAAGCCCUAUUUACCUCUGUAACCCUCCUCAAACUCUUAGGAUAGGUUGCUUCCUAUUCUUUUGUAGUUUUCUUUUUGUAUACAUAAUAACAUGGUACAGCUAUUUAGCAUCAUAACAAAUUAAAUUUUUGUGUUAAAGUAUGUAUAGAAAUAUUUAAUUGAAAUGUCAAUACCUUGCUUAUGAUUAUUGUUUUUAAAAUUAGCCUUACAUGAUCUUAAAUUUGAAACUCCCUUUGAAUUCACCUUGAAUUCUCACUUUGGUUGAAAGCCCUGUAUAUAUUUUUUUGGAAAUAGGCUUCCUACAAAUGCCAACAUCAUGUAAAAAUAAUGUACACGUGGGCAAAAUUAACACAUGCAGCAAGUAGAGUUACGUAAUUAAAAUGUUAUUGAGUGCAUUUCAGGCUGCUGUCUAGACACUCAGUUAAGUAUUCGGAUUUAUACUUGAAAACAACAGAAAUCUCAAUGCUUCCUUCCUUGUAAAAUAUUUUAUAAAAAAAUAAAUAACUGCAGAUUCAGGGAAGGGAAAAAAAGAAUAUUACAAGUCCUUACAAUGGUUGAGCUUAACAUGAAAGAGCGACACAGUAAUAUAGGAUCAACUAGCCAUAAUAUCACAAGCAGAAACCAGUUUCUAACCAAACCUGAUCUUGCAGAAACCUUAGUAUAAACCGGGGGUCAGCAACCUAUGUGCCAUGCAUGCAGGGCCGGUGCAAGGAUUUCUGCCGCCCUAGGCAAAGAUCCAUUUUGCCGCCCCCUUAUGUCACUCACUCACUGACAGACACACACUGGCAAACACACACACUCACUGACAUACACACAGACACACACACGAACGGGCUCUGGCCUACCAGUAGUCCCAGUGGGACUUCAGAUAUUUUCUACUGCACCUUCAACCCUCAAUUCACUCAUUGCAGCACAUAGAGGACAUACACUCACUCACUGACACACACACACACACACAUUCACUCACUGACAUACAUACACUCACUCAUUGAGAGAUAGACAGACACACACACAUACAGUCACUGACAUACAUACACUCACUCACUCACUGAUAGACACACACACACACACUCAAUGACAGACACACACUCACUUACUGACAGACAGACACACACACACACACACACACACACACACUCACUUACUGACAGACACACAAACACACACUCACUGACAGACAUACACUCACUCUCUGACAGACUGACCCCCCCACAUACACAUAGACACUCACUGACAUACAUACACUCACUCACUGACAGACAGACCCCCCCACACGCACACGUAGACACUCACUGACAUACAUACACUCACUUACUGACAGUAACACAAACAAACACUCACUGACAGACACACAAACACACACACACACAAACAGACACUCACUGACAUAUAUACACUCACUCACUAACAGACACACACACACAGACACACACUGACAUACAUACUCACUCACAAACACACACACACACACACACACACAGGCAGACACUCACUGACACACACACACACUUACCUCCCUGGGGUCCAGUGUGGGGUAGCUCCUCACUCCUCCCUCCCGCUGUUUAGUAUGCUGGGGCUUGAAUUACGUCAUAUUCUGGCUCCCGGCAUCACAGAGGACACACGAGGGAGGAGUGGGAGACUCCAAGAACAGCCUACCUCGCCGCCUGUCUGCUUCAUCCCACUCUUCUCCAGUCACCGGCAUUUGAUGGCAGAGCAGGCAUCUGCCAUCAAGGUAAGCAGAUGCCUUACCUAAUACAGCUUAGGGGUUGCCCUGAGGUGGCCAAAUGGCCCCCCCAUGACAGGGCUCCUCUCGGCGCACCAACCUUCGGCCGCCUUGAGGAUCGGCCUGGCGCUGGGGGUGGCUCAAGAUCCGCUCGCCCAGCCCUGCGGCCCCAGACGGAGCAGGCAGCCCACCAGGAAACAUCCCGGUGGGCGCCCCCGACAGGCAGGCACCCUAGGUGAAUGUCUAGUUUGCCUGACGUGGUGCCAGCACUGCAUGCAUGACACUCAAAGAGCCUUUUCACGGCACUCAAGACUACCAGAACUGAACAGUCUCUGGCCUACCAGUAGUCCCAGUGGGACUUCAGAUAUGUUCUACUGCAUCUCAGUGUUGAUGGAAAACCCUCAAUUCACUCAUUGCAGCACAUAGAGGAAGUGAUCACCUCCUCCCAGCACUUAUGAACGGAAAUCCACACUGUAGUAGAGCAGCCAGCAGCAGCUUUCACAGCUCCUGCCUUUGACCUGUACCUGGUCAGCCCACACUCCUAGAUAUACACAGAGCAGCACUCUUCAUGCAGAUAAUACAGGCAGCCCACACACAAACACACACAGUACCCACAAAAACACAACCACUGACAAUCAGCAUACACACAUACUACCCCACAAGCAGCCUCUCACACACAAUUCCAAAAGCAGCCACCAUACGCAUCUCACAAUCUAUAAGUAUCAUACACAAAACUACAAGCACAUUACGGCAACAUACACAUCUCAAGGAUUUAAGGACCGGCACGCCAAGGGACUUCAUGAUCUUGUUUUGGCACAGUUUGACUCUAGUUUGACUUUCCACCUCUGCUCAUAAGAUGAACAGCUUUCUCUUAUCCUAAUGUAACAGCCUCCCUAAAUGGUUACUCCAUUGCCACUGAUCCCAUGGCCACUGAAAGAAACACUCAAUGCUCCCCAAAAGCACUUCUCAUUGAGCUGCUUUGACAAAUAUGGGAUUAGACAGCCACAGAAAAUUUGGGUGGGCUUAGAAGUGGAUGGCUUGCACAGUCUUCAGAACAGACAAUCUGUAGCUAUUGCAAGCUGUUUUUUGAUGUACCCAAUGAAAAAGUGCAUACUUAAAUAAAUGCAUGUUUUUAUUGGGGUUUAUCUUCUAAACAGUGAUUUUUAUUUAUUUUUUCUUGUAUUUGGUGGUGCAGUUUCCAUUUAAGUGCUUUGAAGGGGUCACCUUAUGGUUAGCAUAUCUUCACUGGACUAAAAAGUACAAUUCGUAACAGAAAAAGAUUAAUAGAAAUGUUAACAUUGGCUUGUAUGUGAUAGCUGUUUAUGGUAAUUAUACAAUUAAAAUAAUACAAAUUGGUCCUGUUUUGCAGCUUUAUAUGGUAUUCUCUUUGAAAAGAAUAAAGAAGCUGCCUUUGCCAAUUUCUCUCUAUGGGAAUCUAUUGGAUUUGCCAUUGCCUUUGGUUACAGCUCGUUUCUGUGUGUCUACAUCAAGCUCUACAUUUUAAUGUGCGUGAUUGUAAUAGGAAUUCUUCUUUAUGGAGCAGUGGAAUAUAUUGAAUGCAGGAAUUCUCUCACAGUCACAGAAGAAGGGCCAAAAGAUCACGAUCAGCAUGCCACAACAUAGACCUCUGCAAAUGUUUUUUAAGAUUUGCUCUGUAUGCAUGUUUAUCAUUAAUAUGUUGAAUAUUUCACAUCUCUUGGCAUUCACUACAAUAACAGCAGAGUAUGCCUGGCAUAUGAUUGUUUACAUUUUUCUGUUACUAAUACUAAUAGAUUUUUACUGAAUCUACAAACCACCCUGUAUAAUGUAGGUGCUAUUUUCAAGGCACUGUUUAAAGAUGGCCAGUUACUUAAUCCCACCAAUUCCUCAUUUCAAACUACUACUAGGUAAUAUACUACUAGGUAAUAUCUGGAACACUUUGGCAACAUCCUUCAUUUAUGUAAAGACCGCUUUCAUCUCAAAAUGUUUAUUCAAUACUUAAAAACUUUGGCCUUUAUUUUCUAUUGUUGAUAAGCUUUCGGUAG